AUGAACGAGAGUCGAAGGGAAGCGCUGGCGGCGGCGGCGCCCGUGGCCACCACCGCCUCCUCCGUGGCCGGCGCCAACACCACCAGCAUGGCCGGCCCAGGCACUGGUGAGAAGGAUGAAGCCUUUUCCAAACUGAAGGACAAGUUCAUGAAUGAGUUGAACAAAAUUCCAUUGCCGUCAUGGGCCAUCGUGUCGAUUGCCUUCGUGGCUAUCAUCCUGGUGUUGGCGUGCUGCUUCUGCGUGUGCAAAAAAUGGAUUUUCAAGAAGAAGAACAAAAAGAAGAGCAAAGACAAGGGCAAAAAUGCCAUCAACAUGAAGGACGUCAAAGACGGAGCCAAAACCGAGGCCUUGAAGGAUGAGGAGGAUGCGGAGACAGGGCUGACGGAAACAGAGAAAGAGGCCGAGCCCAAGGAAGACCAGAAACUGGGCAAAUUACAAUACUCCCUGGAUUACAAUUUCACAGAGAACAUGCUCAUAGUUGGGAUCAUCCAGGCAGCAGAGCUCCCUGCUAUGGACAUGGGCGGCACAUCUGACCCAUACGUUAAGGUCUACCUGCUGCCAGACAAGAAGAAGAAGUUUGAGACUAAAGUUCACAGGAAGACGCUCAAUCCAGUUUUUAAUGAACAGUUCACCUUCAAGGUGCCCUAUGUAGAGCUCGGCGGAAAGACGCUCGUGAUGACGGUGUACGAUUUUGACCGCUUCUCCAAACACGACGCCAUUGGUGACAUCAAGGUGCCCAUGAACAAGGUGGACUUCAGCCACAUAACAGAGGAGUGGCGAGAUCUGCAGAGCGCUGAGAAGGAAGAACAAGAGAAGCUGGGAGAUAUCUGCUUCUCUCUUCGAUACGUUCCCACCGCUGGCAAGCUGACGGUGGUCAUCCUGGAGGCCAAAAACCUGAAGAAAAUGGAUGUGGGAGGCUUGUCAGAUCCGUACGUGAAAAUCCACCUGAUGCAAAACGGCAAACGGCUGAAGAAGAAGAAGACUACAAUCAAGAAGAACACCCUCAACCCUUACUAUAACGAAUCCUUUAGCUUCGAAGUCCCGUUUGAACAAAUCCAGAAAGUGCAAAUUGUUAUAACUGUUCUGGACUAUGACAAGAUCGGCAAAAAUGAUGCCAUCGGAAAGGUCUUUGUGGGCCUCAACAGCUCGGGGACGGAGCUGCGCCACUGGUCCGACAUGUUGGCCAACCCCAGGAGACCCAUUGCCCAGUGGCACGUGCUGAAGCCCGAGGAGGAGGUGGACGCUCAGCUCUCCACCAAGAAAUAGACAAGGCCCUUUCAGCAUCUGCCUUGUAGUACUCUUUAGCCAGUAUGUGUAAAUACCUCAGUGAUAAAAGGGUCCAUCCAUGUAACUCCGCCCUCCUCCUCCCAACCUUUACCAGCUUUACGGCACCAAUUUUUACACACAAUCCUGAUUAUUCAAAUGUGCUUUUUAAACAUUAUUUUUUUCUAUCAGGUUUCUACUUUUCUUUCUUCAUCCUCUCUAAUUCUGCAGUUUUUUUCCUUAUCAUGCACUUAACCCCCAAACCAAAUGCCCCCUUCUUUUAAGCAAUAUGAUCUGUAUAGAUAGCGCAUGACUGAAAGAAUUUAUUGUACCACAAUUGUAUAUAUAAGUAUGCAGACAAAAAUGAUUUCUAGUUUAUGUGUUUGUAUGUUGUUACCCAUUUCCUAAUCUGUGUAUAUCUUGAUGUUUUUAAUAAGAUGUUCUAUUUUAAAUUAUGUAAAUGCAGAUAUAGAGGAAAGCCAAUACUAUAUAUCCCAGGAUUUAAAAAUUCUACCCUAUUACCUUAUUGCAUUCCAGGAAAAAAAAAAAAACAAAAAACUGAAUUCCAACCUGCAAGAUGCUAGUGGGAAUAUAGUCACAUUGUGAAGGACAAUGUCUGGCUGUAAUUUGCGCAAAGGGACAUCAUAUAAAUGCUUAUGAAAUGUAUAUGAACACACACACACACAAAAUUCAAAAUCCAAGGCCAUUAACUACUACGGUUCUGUGGGCAAAUUUAUGAUUUAUGAUGCUGGAAAUUAUACAAGCACAUUAUUUCUUACAACUUUUUGUACUUAUUUCUCAGACAGAGGACGUGUAUGUUUAGCUUGCUGCACAGUUCCAAGAAACAACAGUCAAUGCAAAACAGUUUGCAUUUGAUUUGUCCAUAUUUGGCAAUUUAUU